AGGGUUUUCUUCUGCAGCCGCUGAAGCUUGAAAUUUUAGGGUUUUUGGAGCGAGAGAGGGCGGCAAAAAAAUGGUGGAAAAGGGAAGCAAAGGGAGGAAGGAGGAGGUGGUGACGAGAGAAUACACCAUCAAUCUCCACAAAAGACUUCAUGGAUGUACUUUCAAGAAGAUGGCUCCCAAGGCAAUUAAGGAGAUCAGGAAAUUUGCUCAAAAGGCAAUGGGGACAACCGAUGUGAGAGUUGACGUGAAGCUCAACAAGCACAUCUGGAGCCGUGGCAUCCGAAGUGUUCCAAGGCGAGUACGUGUAAGGAUUGCCCGCAAGAGGAACGAAGAAGAGGAUGCCAAGGAAGAGCUCUACUCGUUGGUCACAGUUGCAGAGGUUCCUCCUGAAGGACUCAAGGGAUUGGGAACCAAGGUCAUUGAUGAAACAGACUAAAUUAGUCCCAUACCUGUUUCGAACCAAUUUUAGCAGUGAAAUAGACUUUAAUUUCAGAUUUCUGAUGGAAUUUUGUCAAUUUUUAAGCAAUUCUGGUGUUUGGAAUCUCUGGUAUUUUUGGAUUAUAUAUUGGCUUGAGUUUUUUUAAUCA